AAAUUUCCAAAAAAAAUUCAAAAAUAUAAAAAAAAGGAAUCCGUAGAGGAAGAUGCAUUUCUUCGCCGCAGUGGAUCAUUCAUCUGCCAACACCCUGGAGUUCGAGCUCAAACGCUUCAACCGCCCGCCACCUCCCCAAAACCAGAAGAACCAAAAAGGAACGAACUUUCUGCUUCCUCUCUAUUGCAGAAGCCAAGCAAACUGUUGGGUCGCGAUCUCUCUGUCACAGCAAUGGAUGAUGAAGAACCUUCUAUGAGCAAGGAUGAGGACGUGUUAGAGAGUUCCAAUAGGAAAGAGGCAGUCACAUAUGAGGGGAACUCGGAUACAGAACCAUUUGUGGGUAUGGAGUUUGAAUCUGAAGAGGCUGCCAAAGUGUUCUACGAUGGAUAUGCAACACAAGUGGGCUUCAUUAUGCGAGUCGAUGCCUUCCGGAGAUCAAUGCGUGAUGGUAAGGUAGUUUGGCGGAGGCUUGUGUGUAACAAAGAGGGAUUUCGCAAGACCCGAGCCAAAAGAACUGAGAACAGGAAGCCUCGAGCAAUCACCAGAGAAGGGUGCAAAGCGAUGCUUGUGGUAAAGAAAGACAAAUCAGGAAAAUGGAUCGUAACACGAUUUAUAAAGGAGCAUAACCAUCCACUAGUAGGUACACCUGCAAAUGGUCGCCGCAGUAUGCUUCUGUCUCAAACACCAGACGAAAAAGAUCUGAAAAUUCGGGAGUUGACUGCUGAGUUGCAACGUGAGCGAAAGAGGUCUGCCAACUAUCAAGAACAGCUUGAUAUGGUUUUGAGGCAGAUGGAAGAACAUUCCAAUCACUUGUCGAGAAACAUUGACGCUAUAGUCCAGAGCGUAAAAGAAAUUGAAUCAAAGAGGGUAGCACCUUGAAACGGUUAAAAGGCUGCUUGAUUGUUUCAGCUCCUUUCAUACGCUAUUCCCUGUAUUCAAGACUUAAUUUGCAAAUGUGAGUCUGGUCAGUUGGUCAAGGCAAUGUGUCUGCCUCUUGCAUUUGAGUUCAAAGCCCCUCCCCAUAGAUUAGAUAAGAGUAGUUUAGAUUAUCGUCUUGUUAAAAGAAAAACUGAAGAUCUCAGUUUUCGGUUGAGCAGAAAUUAAAUUAUCCUGUAGUUUUUGUUCUUUGUUUUUUGUUUUGUUUUGUUUUUUUUUUUUUCCGGUUGAUUUACCCUUAUUAGGUUGUACAAAUAGCAUACGUAUAAGUAGUAAGUUCUUCUAACUCCAUAA